AGUAGUAUCCAGGAUAUAAAAACAAGCCGCUGUCUUAUAGCUACCCUCCCCCUCAAGUUGAUUCCGAAAUUCCCUAUCACAUCUCAUAAAUAAUGCGUUUCUCCUUCCGAGUCGUCCUCAUCGUCGCUGCUGCUUUGACAAUGUCUAUGGCUGUCAGUGCCAGUGAACUUGAAUGCCAACCACCUGACAACUUUUGCGACUCAUCUGCGAAUGAUUGCUGCCCCGGCUAUGACUGCACGAUGCAAUUGCUCAGCCUAGAUGUGAGUAUGAGUAGUUUCAUCCAGAAUUUAUUGACUCACCAGCGUGGCAGCCGCUACAAUACGUAUAUCUAUGCUUGUGAGAUCGGAUGAACUAGAGUACUAGUGAGUUGUGUUUUUGCGGCUUCCCAUUGGUGCAGCGUGAUUGAUGGAACCACACGUAAGUAGUUGAU